AUGGCGGCCCGCGUGUUUGUGAACCUGCCUGCGACGGCCUAUGCGAGUGCUAAUGGGGUUCCCAUUGCCCGUGGACUAAACCUGGCUGCCCGUGCCGCUGCCGGAGCCCACCACCACGGCCAUGGCCAUGGACCCAGGAGCGACAUCCCGCCUACCUGGGCAUCCUCUGUCCGACUCUCUCCCGGAGGACUCGCAUCCAAGACAACUGUAUCCGCCCUCCCGACUGCUCCCGGAUCCUCCCGCCCAAUGCACACAUCCGCCGUCACAAAGCGUGACAUCAACGUCCCCGACUUUAGCCCCUACCGCGCCAACUCUGACGAGUCCAACCGCGCCUUGUCCUAUUUUAUGAUCGGCAGUUUGGGUGUCUUGUCCGCGACCGCUGCCAAAUCUACCGUCACCGACUUUUUGGCCAGUAUGUCCGCCUCGGCCGACGUUCUUGCCCUUGCCAAGGUCGAGGUCGACAUGAACGCCAUUCCAGAGGGGAAGAACGUUAUUGUCAAGUGGCGUGGAAAGCCCGUGUUUAUUAGGCAUCGUACCCAAGACGAGAUCAACGAGGCUAAUUCGAUCGACGUCAAGAGCUUGAGAGACCCCGAGUCGGAUUCAGACAGGGCGAAGAAGCCAGAGUGGUUGGUCAUGCUGGGUGUCUGCACUCAUUUGGGUUGUGUACCUAUUGGCGAGAGCGGUGAUUAUGGAGGAUGGUUCUGCCCCUGCCAUGGUUCCCACUAUGACAUCUCUGGCCGCAUUCGCAAGGGCCCAGCUCCUCUCAACUUGGAAGUACCCGCGUACGACUUCAACGAGGGCGAGGGCAAGAUCAUCAUUGGAUAG